UAUGAGUAUCGAUGGCUCCAGUUAUGCAAGAGCUGCAGCCGCUCCAAGCUCCAGUUCUUCGUUCGUGUUUUCACCUGCUCAACAUCAACAGUUCCAAUUUCUGCAAGAGCAGCAACAAGCGCAACAACAGCUUCAACAACAGCACCAAAAUCAACAGCAACAACAGCAACAGCAACAGCGGUUUCUGCAACAGCAGAUUUCUUUUACCGGGCCUGCUUUUCAGGCUCCAAACCUUUUAAGCAAUACGCGGAUCAAGACA